AGAGUUUCAGGCUCGUGAUAGACUUUAAAGGGAGUGAAUGGGUCUUGCAAGCAUAAUUAACUAAACUUUACUAACUUCUAAAGUUUAACUAAAUUAACUGAAAUUUGAAAAUUAACUAACUAGCAGACAUGUAAUUUAGACCAUGCAUCAUAUCAAUAAAGCUUGUUUAGAAAAGAAGAGCUAGAAUGCACUCUCCAACUCACUCUAUAUGCCCUAGAUAUGCUCACAGAGAGAGAGAGAAACAUUAUGCUUAGUUUUACUUAACACGUGGAAAAAGAUGCAUCUUUCAAAUUUGAAAGAUGCUGAAUGCGUGUUGUGCGAGUGGAGGCAUAAGUUUUAUCACAUGAUGUCAGAGUUUCAUCACAUGAUGUUAGAGUUUCGAAAAUGUUGAGUGGAGGCGUGAGUCUCACCACAUAAUGUCAAAGUUUUAUGGAUGUAUCACAGCUAUUUCACUGAAAUCGAUUGAACUUCUAUUUUUGAACAAGAACGUUGUUUUCGUUUGAUCCCUCGAGCAAUUUAAGUGCCUGUUCUUCACUAAUCAUGCAUUAUCAAAAAGAACAUUUCUGAUGGAAUACAUGAAACCCUAAUUGGUGAAUGCAUGAACCCUGAUUGGUGAGUGUAAAUUUACCUUUUGCCCUUGAAUGUAGCCCUGAUUUCCCAUUAUGCCCUUGGACAAGAGGUAACCAACAGACUAUAACUAACAUUCCAAAAUCUAUCUAAAACUGACAUAGUGAAGCUUUUGACAUGAAAUUUAACUAACAUUCCAAAAUCUAUCUAAAACUGACAUAGUGAAGCUUUUGACAUGAAAUUUGUCCACCUAAGUGUUAUUGACCCAACAUUUUCUUCGAUGGUUCUAUCUUAUCAUCAAUAGAAAUCACCUAUAUCACGUUGCAUUGAGAUUUUAGUUGAUCUGAUACAUGUUUUAUCAUUGUAUCUGUAAUCUUGGUAAUGGGUCUAAUUCAGAUAGUGUUAGGGAAAUGCAAAUGUAAUACAAAACACUGGGAUGAUUUUCAUUCCCAAAUGCCAUAAAAAAGCUUCCAUCAUUAUUUUCUUAGUCCUCUCUAUUUUACCAUUUUAAUUCCUUUCUGAACUCCCUCAAUAAGAAUCUGAGGAGAGGAAGAGGAUCCUCUCCGAUACGAAUUUUGAGUUAUACACCAUUAUUUCGAGUAUAUAUGCAACAUCCGUUACUUAAUUUUUCAUAUUUUAAUAGACGUUUAGGACAUCCAAAUUGUAUGAUUGCUAGUCACGAGCUGUAGAGUCAGCUCUUCAUAGAAGCCCAUCGAAACUCAUAAGCUCCGCUUAACAAAUAUAAAAGUCACAUUCACAAAAAAGAUUAGUUUAAUGAAACCAAAGUGCUAAACAAGUAAACAACACUCAAUUUAUGGCCUGCUUGAACAGCUAAUCAUUCACAAAACUUUGUUUGGAACCUCCUUCAAACCAAAGCUCUAAUGUAACAAAAAACCCAAUUUCUCUGAUGCUUUAAAUGUCCUAUAUACCCCCCACCAGACAAUCCAUACAUCUUGAAACAGCAUUAAUCAGAAAGUACAGACACUUCGUUUUGAGCCUUUCUUGACCUCUCUCAAUCAUGGCAUCUAGAGAAACACAUUGGAUUUUCAUUCUUCCAUGUCAUGUUGACAUGCCUUCUGGUAGCAUAUGGCGCAUCUGUGGACGAGGCCGAGGCUCUGGCCCUUCUCAAGUUCAGGGAUUCGCUGUCUAACAACACUGCACUAAGCAACUGGAAUGCAUCGGUCAGUUUGUGCUCCGGUAGCACUUCUAACUGGAGAGGGUUGCUUUGCAUCAAUGAUGGCAUUUACGGAUUGCAACUCGAAGGCAUGGGACUAACUGGUGUGAUAGACGUGGACGUGCUCACGGAGUUACCAGGCUUGAGGACCAUAAGCUUGAUGAACAAUAGCUUUAACGGUCCAAUGCCUAAUGUAAGCAAACUUGGUGCACUAAGAGGAUUGUUCUUGUCCAAUAACCAAUUCUCGGGUGAUAUUCCAGAUGGUGCUUUUGCUGGCAUGAACUCAUUGAAGAAAGUUUAUCUGGCAAAUAAUGAGUUUACUGGUGAAAUUCCCAAGUCCCUCGCGAAUACGCCUGAGCUUGUAGAGCUAUUGCUCGAGAAUAAUCAGUUUGAAGGUCAAAUUCCUGAUUUUCAGCAGAAAGAUCUGAGAGUGGUGAACCUGGCAAACAACAAACUUGAAGGUCCAAUACCAGCUAGCCUAAGCAACAUGAGUUCAACCUUCUUUGCAGGUAACCUCAAUCUAUGUGGUAAGCCUCUUGACCCAUGUAAGGUAUCUAAGAAGCACUCAUUCCCCAAAAUAGCCAUCAUUGCAGUUGCUGCAGGGGUGGUUGCAUUGCUUCUCAUCUGUCUAGCUUCCUAUUUCUUCCGUCGCCGGGGGACCAAAACAUCCAAAUUGGGACAGCCCAAAGCAACAAAAUUCCAGAAGAAGAAACAUUUUGCUCAUAAGGUUGUUGGGAAGGACGUGGCGUUAGUACAGGAGCAGCAGAACAUCUACAAGAUCAAAAAUCAAGAACAUGGGAAGUUGUACUUUGUGAGGAAUGAUAGAGAGAGGUUUGAAUUGCAGGACCUGCUUAGAGCCUCCGCUGAAGUCUUGGGUAGUGGCAGCUUUGGAUCUUCAUACAAGGCUGUGCUUCUGAGUGGACCAGCCAUGGUUGUGAAGAGGUUUAGGCAAAUGAGCAAUGUUGGAAGAGAAGAGUUCCAUGAGCAUAUGAAAAGGCUUGGAAGGUUGUCACACCCUAAUCUGCUUCCUCUUGUGGCCUUUUACUACAAAAAAGAAGAAAAGCUUCUGAUUACUGACUUUGUUGAAAAUGGAAGCUUGGCAAGUCAUCUCCACAGUAAACAUAGUCUGGAGCAGCCUGGGCUCAACUGGCCAACACGCCUAAAGAUCAUCAAAGGGGUAGCCAAGGGGUUGGCUUACCUUUAUAAGGAGUUUCCAAGUAUAAAUCUGCCUCAUGGUCACCUCAAAUCCUCAAAUGUGCUUUUAGAUGAUACCUUUGAACCCCUCUUGGCAGAUUACGCACUCGCUCCUGUAAUCAACAAAGAUCAUGCUCAACAGUUCAUGGUGGCCUACAAAUCACCUGAGUUCACCCAACAUGAUCGCACGACAAAGAAGACGGACGUGUGGAGCCUUGGCAUUCUAAUACUCGAGCUGUUAACGGGUAAGUUCCCGGCUAAUUAUCUGAAACAAGGCAAGGGGGCUAAUGCAGAUUUGGCUACUUGGGUGAACUCUGUUGUGAGAGAAGAGUGGACUGGUGAGGUGUUUGAUAAGGACAUGAAGGCGACGAGGAACGGCGAAGGUGAGAUGCUUAAGCUCUUGAAGAUAGGAAUAUGCUGCUGUGAAUGGAAUGUGGAGAGAAGGUGGGAUUGGAGGGAGGUUGUUGAUAAGAUUGAAGAGUUGAAAGAGAGGGACAGUGAUGAAGAUACUUCUUCCUAUGCUAGUGAAGGUGACGUGUACUCUUCUAGAGCAAUGACUGAAGAAGAUGACUUCUCUUUCUCUGUGGCUGGUUGAGUUGGGUUCAGACAGAAAUAACAUGGUGCUGAAACUUUUUUUGAGUCAUGAGGUUUAAAGGAUUUGGAACACAAGAUUUCUGGAAGCAAAAGCUCAUAGUUUCAAGUAGGCAUUUUUUUUUUUUUUUUUUUUUUUUUCAGUGAUUUGAGUUAUAUUUCGUGAGUUUCUAUUGUUUCAAGUAUAUGCGGUUUUAUGUGGAUAAAAAGAAAAUAAUUAUAAAUAACCUUCAAAUGAUUCCAUUUUCAAAUUAAACUUAUCUUCUUGUGGUUUAUGAGUAAUAUUAUCAUGAAAUUAUUCUUAAACCUAUCACCAAAAUUUAUUAUGCACCUUUGUCAAUUUAAUGAUUUAUCAUACCAAAUAAAUUUUGUCAUUAA